UGCACUUCCCCCAGCCUCUCCACCUUCAUCCACACACACACACACACACACUCCGCUCUCAUCCCGCAGCCAAUAAGGGCCUGAUGAUCUCAAGUAUCACUAUAGCAGCAGGACUUAUUCUCUGAGCGGAGCCUGCGGAUACUUACAGACCUUCAUCUUCAUCGCCGAGGGAGCUGAUCUUCCUCUUUUGGGUUUGAAGUUUGUUUUCACCAUGUCUGACACUGAAGAAGCGUAUGAGGAGGAGGAAGCCCAGGAGGAGGUAGUAGAAGUAGAAGUAGCCCCUGAGGCGGAGGCCCAGGUAGAGGCAGAGCCAGAAGUAGAGCCUGAACCAGAACCAGAACCAGAGCCUCAGGAGGUGGUGCAGCAAGUGGCUCGGGAGGAGGAAGAGGCCUAUGAAGAGGAAGGGGAAGAUGGAGAUCAAGAUGAGGAAAAGCCAAAGUUCAAUUUAUCACAGGACAUUCAGAAGAAACGUCAGAACAAAGAUCUGGUUGAGCUUCAGUCUCUGAUCGACGCUCACUUUGAGUGCAGGAAGAAGGAGGAGGAGGAACUGAUCGCGCUCAAAGAAAGAAUCGAAAAGCGCCGUGCGGAGCGAGCCGAGCAGCAGAGGAUUCGCGCUGAGAAAGAUAAAGAGCGACAGGCGCGGCGUGAGGCGGAGAGGAUGAGGAAGGAGGAGGCAGAUGCACAGAGGAAGGCUGACGAUGAUGCCAAGAAAAAGAUAGCUCUCACCAACAUGGGGUCAGGCUUCAGCAGCCACCUGCAGAGGAUUGAUGCAAAGAGAGGCAAGAAGCAGACCGAAAGAGAAAAGAAGAAGAAGGUUUUGGCAGAGAGGAUUAAACCGCUGAGCAUCGACAGCCUCACAGACGACCAGCUGAGGGAAAAGGCCAAAGAGCUUUGGGACUGGCUGACCAACCUGGAGGCGAUAAAAUACGACCACUGUGAGAUGCUCAAGAGACAAAGAUAUGAGGUCAUCUCUCUCAGAAACCGCAUCGACGAGCUGCAGAAACACAGCAAGAAGGGAGCCGCUUCACGCCGCAGGAAGUGAGCAGCGUCGGGGAAAAGGUCGGCCAAGGUCGCAACCUCAACGCAGACUCUGUGGCGACGGCGACAACUGGAUGUCUUAGUUCCUGUUUCUGCUUAAGUGCAAUGGCUUCAGAAUAAAUAUAGCUCCAAUAAAAAAUGUGUUUUAAAAGAAAAUGA